AUGGGCCUUCUUCCCCUCACCUACCGCCGUCCGGUCUAUGUGAACGGUUCGACCUUCCAGCAGAGCUCGUCCGACGUGUCGGAAAAUGGCUCUACCGACGAGAAGGUUAGCAAUGCCUCGUCCUCUAUGCGCUCCGGCAAGUCCGGCACCCCUUCCGGUAUCCCGGAGUCACUGGCCUUUGACAAAAUCAUCGACGGUGGCACAUGUCCUCCCUGCACUGUUCGUGACUUCAUGAACUACCUCGUUUAUAUUGAACUCGCUGCCGAAAACCUUCAGUUCUUCAUGUGGCACAAAGACUACACUAAACGUUUCGCCGAGGCCAAGGCCUCCGAAACUGCACUUGCCCCAGAGUGGACUCCGGCUAAAGAGAGCGAAGUCCUCCAACGCUUGUUCAAAGAGAAAUCACAGAGAAUGCGCCAGAAGCCUGGCCAGGAGAUCUUCAAGGGGACCGAUUUCGAGAAGACAGGUACUGCCACUGCUAUUGUGCAAGACAGCAACCCUUUCGGAACACCACCUCGCACUCCUGAGGAUCAUGAGUCGAUCUACACGCCUUCUAACGGCCUAUCGAACGCCGAUACCUACCGUUCACAAGCCACUGAUGCCUUCACAGCUGCCGGAGCCAAGCAACCUUUUACAAUCCAGCCAUUCCGUGAAGAGAUUGAUCGUGUGAUCGCCACUUACAUCAUGGACGGUGCCCCGCGACAACUCAACCUUUCCGCCAGAGACCGUGAUGCGACUCUCCAUGCCCUCGCUGCCACCAACCACCCCACGGCCUGCCGCCUCGCCCUCAAGGUCGUCGAAGACUCUCUUCGCAAGCAAGCUCACCCUAACUUCAUCCGUUGGUCGAUUUGCAACGGCAACCCCGCUCGCGUGUUCUUCGCCCGCGGCCUUGGUGUCAGUCUCAUUGUCAUCGCCUUUGUCGUCGCCGUCUUGAUUACACUUAGCCAUGCAGGCCGCGGUUGGCGUGCCAUAGCAGCUAUCGGCUGGGUCUUAGGUAUCUCAACCCUCGUUGCAGCUUACAAGGGCAUGUGUGUUGUUUUACAUGGCAUGCAUCAUCGGCACGUCCGCCCCUGGGAGCUCUUCGUGGAUGAGGAAACCGACGAGGAAAGAAGCAAGUCAUCGUUUGAGUCAUUUGGUUCCGCCAAUAGCUUUGAGUCGGAGCCAUGGAUCGUCAAGUACGAGAAGCGCAACAUUGUUCGCAAGAUCUUCGACCGCGAAAUCUGGAUCGAAGAACCUGCUCUUCGCACUAUCCAAGACACCAUCUUCCUUCAGGCCAUGCUCUGCGCCCUGUUGCUCGCUGGUAUCUUCUCUGCCAUCUUUGUUGCUAUUCCCUCUCCCGGCUACUUCUAA